AUGCUAGGAAAAAGCAAGAGCCGAAGCCGCAGUGAAUUGCCGAUUUGCACUCCCUCCCCGACGAAGCAGCCCACAAAGAGUCCCACGCUCAGUCCAACUACUUUGUCACCCACCACCGCUAGACCUAGCACUUCAGGUCCGACCACUUUGGGCCCCAGUACCUCAACACCAACCACCGCUGGCCCUAGUACCGCCGGCCCAACAACAUCCAGCCCAACCACUGGCACUCCAACUACUGCUGGUCCCACAACGGCAAACCCAACAGCAGCAAGCCCCAGCACUGGCAGCCCGACUACCGGGGGUCCUACAACACCCAACUACUGCAAUUCCAACAGAGCCACUCCAACGACGGCUGUCCCCACAGUUGCCACUCCAACACAGCCACCCCACUGCUGGCAGCCAACUACUGCAAUUCCAACAGCAGCUAGUCCAACGACGGCUGUCCCCACAGUUGCACUCCAACCACAGCCAUCCCCACUGCUGGCAGUCCAACUACUGCAAUUCCAACAGCAGCCAGUCCAACAACUGCUGUCCCCACAGUUGCCACUCCAACCACAGCCAUCCCCACUGCUGGCAGUCCCACUACUGCAAUUCCAACAGCAGCCAGUCCAACAACUGCUGUCCCCACAGUUGCCACUCCAACCACAGCCAUCCCCACUGCUGGCAGUCCCACUACUGCAAUUCCGACAGUUGCCACUCCAACGACGGCUGUCCCCACAAUUGCUACUCCAACCACAGCCAUCCCCACUGCUGGCAGUCCCACUACUGCAAUUCCAACAGCAGCCAGUCCAACAACUGCUGUCCCCACAGUUGCCACUCCAACCACAGCCAUCCCCACGCUGGCAGUCCACUACUGCAAUUCCACGUUGCCACUCCAACGACGGCUGUCCCCACAAUUGCUACUCCAACCACAGCCAUCCCCACUGCUGGCAGCCAACUACUGCUAUUCCAACAGCGGCCAGUCCAAGCACUGCCAGCCCAGCUGCUGCAACUUCGCAGCCGAGCACUUUGUCGCCGACAUUGCCACAAGCGGCUGUUCGUGCCAUAGGACCCACUCCCGCCAUUGCCCAGAAGAAGUGCGUAAUCAGGCCGUUCGAUCUCAAUGUAGACGUCCAAAUUCGAUUCCCAGGUCAUCAAUUCGUCCCAUGUGACAGUGAUUUUCAACUUGAAAAAAUCAAUGUGAAGAUCAGAGAAGCUCUAAAGAUUCACUUUUCCAAAACAGUGACGGACUGGUCUGGUAGGGCUACAUUUGGAGAGUUCCUCUUUGAUUCGGAUCAAGAGAAGACCAACAUGGAUCCAGCAACAGGAUCCCGGUAUCUUGGAUCACUUCGGGGUGGUGUUGGCCAAUACGAAACAAGUGCAUCGCAAACAUCUGAAGUACAUCGCCUUUUGCAAGAGGAGGGCGUCUGUCCGGCACGUACAGCCGACUGCCCCGUUGGCUUCGCGGACUUGUGUCUUUGGGGCUGCAUCGGAGUAACCACAACUGACUGUGCUGACCCUAGUUCUCCCACUUCGAGUUGGCCAAUGCUGGCGGUCCAUGUAAGAAAAGCUGUUUCUGAACUUGGAUUCGCUUGUCUGGGUAUCCCUGGUCAGCUGCAAGUGGUGAUCACCGAACCAGUUCAAGUUUAG